CCGCCGAGGACGCCGCGGACGAGGCGGAGGCCGAGAUCAUUCAGCUGCUGAAGCGGGCGAAGUUGAGCAUCAUGAAAGAUGAACCAGAAGAGGCUGAGCUGAUUUUGCAUGAUGCACUCCGCCUCGCCUAUCAGAGUGAUAACAAGAAGGCCAUCACUUACACUUAUGAUUUGUACUUUCUAUUGUGUACUUGUUACAUGCCUACAAUGCUUACUUCCUUCUUAGUGGAAGAAAAAGCCAAUACACGCCUCCUUCUGGGCAUGUGCUUAGACUCCUAUGCACGCUACCUGCUGUUCUCCAAGCAACCAUCACAGGCACAAAGAAUGUAUGAAAAAGCCCUGCAGAUAUCUCAAGAAAUACAAGGAGAAAGACACCCACAGACUAUUGUGCUGAUGAGUGACCUUGCUACUGCCCUGGAUGCACAGGGCCACUUUGAUGAGGCCUAUCUUUAUAUGCAAAGAGCAUCAGAUCUGGCAAGAGAAAUAAACCAUCCUGAGCUGCACAUGGUGCUCAGUAAUCUAGCUGCAAUUCUGAUGCACAGAGAACGAUAUACACAAGCAAAAGAGAUCUACCAGGAAGCACUGAAGCAAGCAGAGCUGAAAAGGGAUGAGGUUUCUGUACAGCACAUCAGGGAAGAAUUGGCUGAACUGUCGAGAAAAAAGUAGACUUGAUUUAAUUUUACCAAGCUUUUAAGUUCAUUUUGGUGUAGGGAAGGGGGGAUUUCUAGUAAUCCAAGGAAUAGCUCAAGUUAGCCUUGGUGAAGGAUAAGUUGUAUACAUUGCCACUAAGUUUUUAAAGGAAAAACAACAUUCACCCUCGAAUGAUUAUGACUUCUAAAGACCAAUGUUUUCUGUAAUACUGUGUGAUUAGUUGCUGUCUCGGCCAGUCUAAGUCUAAUUAUAGAUUGAGAUGGGCCAGUGUUCUCUUGGGGUGAGGGAUACCAUCAUUAUGCCUGGCCAUCUGUUUACUGAUUUGCUGCCCAUCUCUUACUAUAUCAAUAUCUCGCUGACUUCUUAGAGCCACAUGUCUCAUGGCAGAAGAGGAUUUUGGUGAGUUUUCCUCUGAUAAAGCCGUUUCCUGAAGCACAGUGUGGGACUUCAUGCACAAAGGAAGAGAAGUAAUUCCUUAGUUGGCCUUUGGCAGCCAGCAUAAAGUUUUAUGGGGAAUUGGGGAUGGCAAA